ACAUGUCUGCUAGAGUUUGGAGUGAAAGGAAGUCGAUUCGUUUGUUCAAUCUGUGAUUGUGUGUCUUGGUACUAAGACUACCUGUGACCGUCCUGAUCGAGCUUUCUAUAUUUAAACGAAAGCCGGUGUCUAAAUCGGACGUUCCACUCAGUACUGCAAAGGUGCUAAUAGUUUGAUUUUAAACAUUAGCUGUUUAACCAUUGAUAGCUGCCAUGGCUGCAAGUCGAAUGAAAAAACUUGCUGCUGGAGGAAUUGCCUUAGGUGGAACAGUUGCUCUUGCAUCAUGGGUUUUUGGAGAUGAUAAUCACACUAAGAAACAAUUUGGUCUGCAUGUCCAUGCUGGUGACUCUCUGAAGGCACGACCAAAUAAGCCUUUCCCAACAAGAAGUGAGCAACUGAAAGCACUUGAAGAUGAAGUCUACGAUGUCCUUGUAAUAGGAGGAGGUGCUACAGGAGCAGGAUGUGCUUUAGAUUCAGUUUCUAGAGGAUUAAAAACAGCAAUUGUGGAAUUAGAUGACUUCAGCUCAGGGACGAGUAGCAGAAGUACAAAGCUGCUCCACGGCGGAGUGCGCUAUCUUCAAAAAGCAAUUUUCAAUUUAGAUAUUGAACAAUAUAGAAUGGUUAAGGAGGCCCUUCACGAACGAGCGAAUCUAUUAGAAAUUGCGCCUCAUCUUUCUUAUCCUCUACCUAUUAUGUUACCGGUUUACAAGUGGUGGCAAAUUCCUUACUACUGGUCUGGAAUAAAAAUGUACGAUUUGGUCGCUGGUUCUAAAUGCAUCAAAAGUUCUUACGUAUUGAGUAAAGAGAAGGCCAUUGAACUGUUUCCGAUGCUUCGGAAAGACAAACUUUGCGGUGCGAUCGUUUACUAUGACGGCCAACAUAACGAUGCUCGAAUGAACAUUGCCAUCGCUUUAACUGCCGCACGCCUUGGUGCUACGGUGGCCAAUCACGUGAGAGUGGUUAGUCUCACGAAAAGUAAAGAUAGUGAAGGCCAAGAAAAGGUAUCUGGUGCUCGUGUACGUGACGAGAUUACCGGCAAAGAAUGGGAAGUCCGAGCCAAGUGUGUCAUCAAUGCCACGGGACCAUUCACAGAUUCAAUCCGAGAAAUGGAUCAGCAAGCAGUGAACAAAAUAUGCGCUCCUUCAGCUGGUGUUCACAUAGUCUUACCCGAUUAUUAUAGCCCAGCCAGCAUGGGCUUACUUGAUCCUUCCACCUCGGACGGACGUGUCAUUUUCUUCUUACCUUGGCAGGGUUUGACAAUCGCUGGAACCACUGAUACUCCGUGCGAAGUAACCCACCAUCCUAGUCCAACUGAAGCCGAUAUUGAGUUCAUUCUCGGUGAAAUCCGAUCGUACUUGAGCCCAGACAUUGAAGUUCGUCGUGGUGACGUGCUUUCAGCCUGGAGUGGCAUCCGUCCAUUAGUUUCCGAUCCAAAUAAGCCAGAUUCUCAAUCGCUUGUCAGGAACCACAUUGUACACGUGAGUGAUAGCGGUCUCGUAACAAUUGCUGGAGGUAAAUGGACGACAUACCGUUCCAUGGCCAUGGAAACACUUGAUGCAGCAGUCAAGACGUGUAACUUGCCAGCUGUUCGAGGUUCAGCUACCGAUGGUCUACUCUUGGAGGGAGCUCACGGCUGGACACCAACUAUGUUUAUUAGAUUGGUGCAAGAUUUCGGGCUGGAGAGUGAGGUGGCCAAACAUUUGUCAGAAACUUACGGAGACCGAGCCUUCUCUGUUGCCAAACUGGCUGCAUUGACAGGUAAACGGUGGCCGAUUGUCGGAAAGCGGUUGCACGAAGAAUUUCCUUACAUUGAUGCUGAAGUCCGAUAUGCCGUAAGAGAGUAUGCGUGCACUGCUGUUGACGUGAUUGCUCGUCGACUUCGCUUAGCCUUCCUUAAUGUUCAGGCGGCUGAAGAAGCUCUUCCUAGUAUUAUUUCUAUUAUGGCGGAGGAGCUAAAAUGGUCGGAAGACGAGCAGAAACGUCAACACGCCGAAGCUGUCAAAUUUGUUAGAGAAGAAAUGGGACAACAAGUCAACCGUCAGAGCCGAGACAAAAUCCCAAUUAACUUAUCGCGUGAAGAAAUUUCGAACUACAUCAAACGUUUUCAGGCACUUGACCACGAUAAGAAAGGAUACAUCUCCAUUAAUGACAUUCGUCGAGGACUUAAGGUUGGAGAUUUAAUUCCCAACCAUGAAAUUUCGGGAGAGGAGUUACAUGCAGCUCUGAAUAAAGUCGAUUUGCGGUUGAACGGACAAACUGAUCUUUCAGAGUUCAUACAGCUGAUGGCCUGUAUAAAAUCUGGUCGCGUAACCAACUCGCGCUUUGACCAAUUGGCACAAGAAGCACAGAAAAAUGUUGAAGAAGAGGAAGCCAAGAGGAAAGCUAUUCCUGUUGAUCGCAGUGGAGGAGGAGUUUAGGUAGUCUGAGAUGCUUUUUAAAAUAAUUUAGGUUGAAUUUGCGGCUACCACCGUUUCGCGUCACACCUAUAUGACAAAAUCCCCUCUCCUUUUUUAAAAAUCAUUGAACUCAUCGGUUAGUUAGUCGUUUUUCUCUACUAGCUGUACUAUUUAAUUACUUUAUUCCCCGAUACUUUUAUCCUUUUUUCGUACUGAUCCGUACUUCAAAAAACUUAUGGGAUAAAUCGGCCACAGAAAAUAACAUCUAUCGAUUCGAACAAAGCCAAAGUAUUUCAUCCGUUUUUCUCUCGAUUGGUUGUGCGAAGUGUUUUUUACUUAACUUAAUAAUUCACUGUUAUUAUUCCUAAAUAGUCUGCACAGUGAGAUCCACAACGCAACGCAUACGUAUUUCUGGUUCUCCAUAAUCGUUUCAGACAGUUCGUUGUAGUUCCUAGCAGGUCUAUUCAGUGUAGCUUCUUUUUCAUUGUUGCCUGUUUUUGUAUUUGUCUCUCGAUUAGUAAUAAAUAGACGUUUGAAAUCCCUA